AUGGUUUCAUCUACUAGGAAGACUAGCUAUAGAACCUUUAGACCAGUGUUAAAGUUCUAUAAGGUCUUUUUUUUAACCUUAGUCACCUCCUCGAUCAUAUCGGCCAACUGUGUAAAAUAUCAUAAAAAUGAUUUCAAUCAGUUCAUAACAUUCUUAAUCUGUAACUUCUUCAUAUCAACAAUCACAUAUUUUGGAACCUUCUCACUAAUAAAGCAUCUGAAGAAGAGAGGUUUCGUUGGCACGAACCUGAAUGCUGUUAAAUCUGCCGAAAAGGUGGCCGAACCAGGCGCUUUGCUUGGAUGUGUCGUGUAUAUCCUUGUAAUGGUACUAUUCCAAAUAAUACUGAGGGGCCGACAUGAAAACGUGUGUCAACAAAAGAAUAAUGACAUUGUAGAGACUAGAAUUAAACCUUGCGCUCGUAUCGAUCGUGAUAAUGACGUUGCUGCAUCGCUUCCACUGUGUUUGGCAUACUCAGGAACGGAAUUAAGUCUAUAUAGGUCUUUUCAAUGGUUAUCUAGCAGGGGUUACCGCGGAAGAAUGUUAACCUACGUAAUAGUAGUGAUGACGACAGUGUUCUGCGCAAACGCAAUAAACAUUUACGCAGGCAUAAACGGGCUGGAAAUAGGCCAAUCGCUGGUCAUGGCAUUCUUCAUUACAAUCUACAACUCAAUGGACGCGUUUGUGGGUUCCUUAAAAAAUGUCCCAGAUCCGAGCUGGGAAAGAGUUCGUUGCUCAAUAAUAACACAUGAUCAGAGACUGUACACGUAUUACUUCACACUGCCGUUCAUAGCAGUCAACGUGUCGCUGCUAUGCUUCAACUGGUACCCUGCGAAGCUAUUCCCGGGCAACGUCUACACACUGUUCUCGGGGGCCUUCUUCUCAACGAUAACAGUGAUCGGGGAGUUAUGGGAAGUGUUGCCGUUCCUCAUGCUGCCGCAACUAAUCAACUUCUUCAUCUCAAUACCCCAGCUGGUUGGCAUUGUAAAGUGUCCAAGGCACAGAAUUCCUAAGUUUAACAAUAGGACGAACAAAUUGGAAAACUCGAAAAAUUAUACGCUUCUGAACCUGUUCUUAAUGGUGUGCGGUCCUACGUCAGAAGAAGGACUUACGAAGGCGCUUCUUUGCCUUCAAACACUAUGCUGCCUCUUAGGACUCAUCUACAAAUAUUAUAUGAUGUAA